AUGAUCAAGGAUCCAACGCUAAAGUUGCCAAGAAAGAAAAAUGUUUCCUUCACCAAACCUAUCACUAUAUCAGAACCAAUCGUCCAAACAAAGGUUCCCCAAAUCGAUCCAAAUGAUAGAGGAAAACAAAAGUUUGUCUUCAAAUCAAAGAAGGAGGUAGCCAAAGAAGCUCAACAAGAGGUGAAUGAAGAAUUAGCAAAGGAACUUCAGGCUGAGCAAUUAAAGGCUAAUCAAGAGGUGCUUCUUGGAAAGAGAUCUUCAGAGAUCUCUCCUGAAGAAAGAAACACAUGGUAUGAUAAACAAUUCUAA